UCAAGUCAUUCAAUUCAUUACUGUUCCUCGCUCCGUACUCAUCAUGUAUUGUAAGAUUCAAACACUGCUUAUUUUUGGUGCGUUAACUCUUUUGACUCAAACGAGAUUAUCAUCAGGAAAGUCCGCCAAGAAUGCUGAAAUGCCGAACUGUCAAAACUUCUCAGCUGGAGUCAUAUUAAACGAAAAUGACGUCCACGGCACUUGGCACCUCUUGCAUUUCAGAACAGAACAGUCAAGAGGUACCAGCGUUGACAAACAUUGCGUCGAAUUCACACCAAUGACAGAUACGGAGAGAAAGGACCUCGAGAAUCAAAUCAGUCAAUACGUCGAAAACCUGCAAUGGGAGAACUUGUCCCUGAAGAUGCAGAUACCAUGUUCUCAAGUCAACUUAAAUAAAACCAGGAACUACUACUUGGAGAGACUGGAAUCCAACGGUUCAUAUAGAACACUGCAGAUGCCACAGCGAAGCGCAAGACUCGAUUUGGCUGACUUCCAUCGUUAUCCGAUGCGUUUGAAAAUAAUUGAGAAGCAAUAUCUAGGAAUGAUGGAUUGUCAUGAAAAGUUUGUUUUCCUUUUGGGAAAGCAAGCACCUACAGAUAAGGCUAUUGAUGAUCGCCUGCAGAAGAUGAUAGAAUCCUUUUGGCCCGAAGAUAAUUAGAAUAUUGUAAUGAUUAUUCAACAUUUACAACAAGUUAUGUAUAAGCUGUUACCCGGGACUUAGAUUUGAUUUGAGGUUUACCCAUUUAGGUAUUGAUUUGAGGUGUGUUUGAGAUAUUAUAUUAAAUUUACGAUAUUUUUAAACUAUUUAUAUAAACAUGUAUGGUCAAUUUAGUGUAUAAUCUUAUGAUAAAUACGGUGACGGAGGGAGCUAUGAAUGUGUUACGCAGUAUUGGUGUAUUUAAAAGUAGAUCUUAGAUAGUUAUCAAAAUGCCACUAUGAGUAUUAGCGCAACAAGCGAUCCCAUUUCGUAAGUCUAGUUAGUGGGUCUAAGUGGUAUUUCAGCUGUUAUUCUGGGUGCUAUGGCCGCUCAUCAUAAAUUUCCAGAAACUGACACUGAAGAACACCUUAAUAAAAUAUUUUAAACAUUUAA